CUGGGCGCUGAGUGACUUCCGGCUGGCCGAAGACAGCGGCAGCAGCGCUGAGAUUAGGGCGGAUCGGGCGGAUUCACAGAGUCUGUAGAAACAUGGACGGUCAAGGCAGAAAAGUGGUGGUGUGUGACAACGGGACCGGGUUUGUGAAGUGUGGAUAUGCCGGCUCUAAUUUCCCGGAGCACAUUUUUCCAGCUCUGGUGGGGAGACCGAUCAUCCGCUCCACUGCCAAAGUGGGAAACAUCGAGAUCAAGGAUCUGAUGGUGGGCGACGAGGCGAGCGAGCUGCGCUCCAUGCUGGAGGUGAACUACCCGAUGGAGAACGGGAUCGUGAGGAACUGGGACGACAUGAAGCACCUGUGGGACUACACCUUCGGCCCCGAGAAGCUCAACAUCGACUCGCGAAACUGCAAGAUCCUGCUCACGGAGCCGCCCAUGAACCCCACCAAGAACCGAGAGAAGAUCAUCGAGGUGAUGUUUGAGACCUAUCAGUUCUCAGGGGUUUAUAUCGCCAUCCCCGUGCUCACGCUUUACGCUCAAGGUCUGCUGACGGGUGUGGUGGUGGACUCUGGUGACGGCGUCACUCAUAUCUGUCCAGUGUACGAAGGCUUUUCUCUUCCUCAUCUCACGCGCCGUCUGGACAUCGCUGGAAGAGACAUCACACGCUACCUCAUCAAGCUGUUGUUGUUGAGGGGUUACGCCUUCAACCACUCGGCGGACUUCGAGACGGUGAGGAUGAUGAAGGAGAAGCUGUGUUACGUGGGCUAUAACAUCGAGCAGGAGCAGAAGCUUGCGCUGGAGACCACCGUGCUGGUGGAGUCUUACACGCUGCCGGACGGGAGGCUGAUUAAAGUGGGCGGCGAGCGUUUCGAGGCUCCUGAAGCUCUGUUCCAGCCUCACCUCAUUAAUGUGGAGGGAGUGGGUGUAGCCGAACUGCUCUUCAACACCAUCCAUGCAGCCGACAUCGACACCAGGGCUGAGUUUUACAAACACAUUGUUUUGUCGGGCGGUUCUACGAUGUAUCCUGGUCUGCCGUCCCGUCUGGAGCGCGAGCUCAAGCAGCUUUACCUCGAGAGAGUGCUGAAGGGAGACGUCGACAAGCUUUCGAAGUUUAAGAUCCGCAUCGAGGAUCCUCCACGCCGUAAACACAUGGUGUUUUUAGGAGGAGCGGUGCUGGCCGACAUCAUGAAGGACAAAGACAACUUCUGGUUGACCAGAGAGGAGUACCAGGAGAAGGGCAUGCGUGUUCUGGAGAAGCUAGGCGUCACCGUUAGAUAAAUCACACACACACAUAUACACAUACACA